CCUAGCGCAUUCAUAGAUGCUGAUGCUGACCCUCGCCACGAAACCCUUCAUCUCGAUCGCUCCUCGGCACAAUCUGCAUAUGGGUUUUUCUAUAUCAGCUUCGUCCACGCCACUGCUCUUUCCAUGAAGAAACAAUCUGAAAAUCGCGGAGCAAAUAACAUAUCUUUAUGUCUUCUUUGUGCCCACCAGACUCAGCCCUGUGAUGGCGUGGCGUUGCAGAUGACCCUCCUCCUCUUCAUUACUCGUCCCUCGAGGGUUCGGGCCUCCAAGAUCGCCAUAGCCCAGUUCCACGAGCACGCCGUUGGAAUCUCUCGCAAUCGGCCCGAGGUAAUUCAAAACCCAGAGAAUUGGAUUGUUAAGGUUAUAUGCACGCUAUGCGUCCGUACACACUCGCUUGAUGCUUGUUUGGAUUAUUUCAGUAAGACAUUGACCCCGUCUAUUGCUUUUGAGGUUGUUCGAGGUCUGAACAAUCCAGAAUUAGCCUUGAAGUUUUUCCAGCUCAGUAGGGUGAAUUUGAAUCUCUGUCAUUCUUUCAGGACUUAUAGUUUUCUAUUGAGGUCUCUUUCUGAAAUGGGUCUCCAUGAAUCUGCGAAAGCUGUUUAUGAUUGUAUGAACAUUGAUGGGCAUUCACCUGAUGCUUCGGUUUUAGGGUUUUUGGUGUCCUCGGCAACUGAUGCGGGCAAGUUCAACAUUGCCAGGACAUGGGUUGAUGGAGUUGAGUUCAGUUUGGUUGUGUAUAAUAAGUUAUUGAAUCAGUUAGUUAGAGGGAAUCAAGUGGAUGAGGCUGUUUGCUUCUUUAGAGAGCAAAUGGGUUUACAUGGUCCUUUUGAUUCUUGCAGUUUUAAUAUUUUAAUUCGAGGUUUGUGUAGAAUUGGGAAGGUUGAUAAGGCUUUUGAGUUAUUCAAUGAAAUGGGAGGUUUUGGUUGUUCUCCUGAUGUUAUUACCUAUAAUACUCUUAUAAAUGGAUUUUGUAGGGUUAAUGAGGUGGAUAGAGGGCAUGAUUUAUUGAAGGAAUUGUUAUCGAAGAAUGAUUUGUCACCCGAUGUUGUAACCUAUACAUCAAUUAUAUCAGGUUAUUGCAAGUUGGGUAAGAUGGAGAAAGCUUCUAUUCUUUUUAAUAACAUGAUUAGCUCUGGUAUCAAGCCCAAUGCAUUUACUUUUAACAUUCUUAUCAAUGGUUUCGGCAAGGUUGGAGACAUGGUUUCAGCUGAGAAUAUGUAUGAGGAGAUGCUUCUUCUUGGUUGCCCUCCGGAUAUUAUCACUUUCACUUCCCUGAUUGAUGGUCAUUGUCGAACAGGGAAAGUGGAGCGGAGUUUGAAGCUCUGGCAUGAACUGAAUGCCAGAAAUUUGUCUCCAAAUGAGUAUACUUUCGCUAUUCUUAUCAAUGCCUUGUGCAAGGAGAACAGAUUGCAUGAGGCUCGUGGCUUCUUGAGGGACUUGAAGUGGAGGCAUAUUGUUGCUCAACCGUUUAUGUACAACCCUGUGAUUGAUGGGUUUUGCAAGGCUGGGAAUGUAGAUGAGGCGAAUGUGAUUCUGGCAGAGAUGGAGGAGAAGAGAUGUAAACCUGAUAAAAUAACAUUUACUAUUCUAAUUAUUGGGCAUUGCAUGAAAGGGAGAUUGUCAGAAGCAAUCAGCAUUUUUAAUCGGAUGUUGGGAACUGGUUGUGCUCCGGAUUCCAUUACAAUGACAUCUUUAAUAUCUUGUCUUUUGAAGGCUGGAAUGCCUAAUGAAGCCUAUAGGAUUAUGCAAAUAGCAUCAGAGGAUUUCAACUUGGGUUUGAAGUCUUUGAAAAGGAAUGUUCCAUUAAGGACAAACACAGAUAUUCCAGUGGCUGUUUAACAAAUGGGCUGCUAAGGAAGGACACGUAGUGUCAUGGACCUGGUGCAAGAGGUCCUUCUCCGUCAUGUGCAAAUAUGAAAUAAAACAUAUUCAGCCAUGGUGGAAAUCAGUUAGUAACCGGUUGGAGCUAAUGCAUUCCAGAUAUUGGAGCCCCCCUGAACGGUAUUCAGUCCUUGCCCACCAUCCCUGGUUUAGGGUAUGAUCCAAGAUUGAAGGCAUGUUUGUCUGAUCUGAUCUGAUCUUGUCAUGGGAACAUCAUAAAUGCUCGAGUUCACAGGUCUGGAGGCCAUGGAAAAAACUCAAGGGAAAGCUGUUUUCUGGUUUGAUUGUAGGAAAGAAACUCAGAUGAUGGCUAGAGGUCAUUAUGCAGACAGGGCGAUGUUCCAUGUAACUUGGAUUUUCAAAAUUGAAGUCAUAUACAUGGAUCAAUAAAGCGAUACAGCUUCUUUGCUUCAUUCACCCCAUUCAACAUGUAAUUCAUGCUGAUACCUCUUUCCUAUAAAUGCUGAGAAUCAUUUGUAAUUUUGGAAAGAAGCGGGAAAAUAAAAAGAAAAAACAGGUUCCUUUUGUAGGC